UUGAAGUAAUCGCUAUUUUUAUUUACGAUAUUCGGAGGGUAUAUAAGGAAGUAUUUUCGAUGAACGGUAAGUACUUAGUUUUUUAAAUUAUUUAACAGUGUUACGAUGUUUGGAGGAUCUGUUUACAAAUUCUUUGCCAUCGCUGCGGUUAUUAAUCAAAUUUUUGACUUGACGAAUGCAAGGCCGAGUCCUCGUGGCAGUAAUAGCAAUUCUAAUGUAAAUAUUAAUACAGUUUUAAAUUCCCAGCGGAAAUACCGAAGAGCGCAAGCUGCCGUAGAAGAAAAGCAGAAUGCUGAUAAAAUAAUAGAAACUGCUGCUGUAGCAACGGCCGCCGCGGAUGCUGCUAAAUCCGCGACCAGGUUGCUGGCGAUGAGAUUGUCAGACAAGGCAGCGGACGCGGUUGCCGAUGCUGUUGUCAAAGUAAUGACAGAAAAUUCUAGCGAACCGGUGCAAACUGUCGCUAAAGUAGCAGCAAGAGCUGCAGUUGCUGCCAACAACAGGAAGGAUACUGAUCCUAAUAAUUCUGAAGAGGCCACUGGUCGCUCGGAAGGAUCAACUGUGCCUCCAGAUAAUGUAGCGAAAGAAUCCACGGUUGCGGGAAAGAGAAUCGUUGAAGACAAAAAAAUCGACAGCAGUUCGGAGGAAGCUGCGGAUAAAUCUUUGAAUGGAAGAUAUUACAGUUACGGAGUUCCUUGGGAAGGCAGGUUUGACUAUCGAAGGUCAAUACUUGAUAGGAUGGAUCUUCCCGAGGAUAGAUUUGGUCAAUAUGAUGAUUGAUUCAAGCGUUUUAUAUAUGUAUGAAUAUAUGAAUAUACUUAGGCAAAAGAUAUUGUUAUAACUUCUUCCAUUAAUA